AUGCCGCCUAAGUUCAACUCCAAGGAGAUCAAAGUCGUAUACCUGAGGUGCACCGGUCGGGAAGUCGGUGCCACUUCCGCCCUGGCCCUGAAGAUGAGCCCCCUGGGUCUGUCUCCAAAAAAGGUUGAUGAUGUCAUCGGUGGUGAUGACAAGGCAACGGAUCAUGGGAAGGGUCUGAGGAUGACAAUGAAACUGACCAUUCGGAACAGACAGGCCCAGAUUGAAGUGGUACCUUCCACCUGGACUCUGAUUAUCAAAGCCUUCAAGGAACCGCCAAGAGACAGAAAGAAGCCGAAGUGGAAACAUCACUUAGGAUGA